AUGUCGAUGUGGCUAUCAGACUCCCAAAAAAUCGGGGUGGUCUUCUGCUCUGGCGGAGGCUUAUUCCUCAUCGGAGGAGUGAUGCUCUUCUUUGAUCGCGCCAUGCUUGCCAUGGGCAAUAUCCUUUUCCUCAUCGGCCUCACCAUCAUCAUCGGCCCGCAAAAGACGCUCCUCUUCUUCGCCCGCAAGCAAAAGGCCAAGGGCACCGCCGCCUUCUUCGUCGGCCUCGCCCUCAUCCUCCUGCGGUGGACCUUCAUCGGCUUCCUCGUCGAGGCGUACGGCAUCGUCGUGCUAUUCGGCGACUUCCUCGGCACCAUCGCCGGCUUCGCGCGCGGGUUACCCGUCGUGGGGCCGUACAUCGGCAUGCUCGUCGACCGGGCCGGCCUGGGGCGCAGGAACGCCGAGCUGCCCGUAUGA